AUGUUGCACUGUGUGCAGGAGGAGAACCUGAAGACGGUGCUGAUGAACCCGACCAGCGCCUUGGUGCAGACUAACUAUGUGGGAACCAAGCAGGCAGGCACAGUCUACUUCUUGGCCAUAACACCCCAAUUUGUGAUGGAGGUGGUCAAAGCCAAGAGUCCGGAUGGCAUCCUGCUCUCCAUGGGCGGACAAACGGCACUCAACUGUGGAGUGGUGCUGUUUCAGAUUGGCGUACUGCAGCAGUACGGUGUGAAGGUUUUGGGCACACCUGUAGAGGCCAUCAUCGCCACAGAGGACAGACAGCUGUUUGCUGACAAGCUGAAGGAGAUCGAUGAGAGGCUCGCCCCCAGUGUGGCUGUGGAGUCGCUCCAAGGUGUCUUCAUCCAGGCUGUGUUAAAAACUGGCAAGCAGGCAAUCUGUCCAGUUUACACUGUCUUGUAA